UUUUAGCUCAGCCAGCUUUCCGAGCACUCGAUUGAAUUCUUCUUGGGGCUGACGCCCAGAUGUCGUUCGCCGACGGAUCUCCCCAGGAAGCCUCGCCAGACUCAGCAUGGCGGCCGAAGGUCGGCACCUGGGACCCGCGCGAGUCCAUCGACAUUCGUCUCGAGGGCCUCGAGGGGGCCGCCCGCAUGGACUUCGUCAUGACGACGUACGUGUUGCCAAGGCCGCCCACUGCAAAGCUCUACUUGUGGAAUUCUGCUACGGGCGAGAAGCGCGUGCGCAGGCACAUGCUCAACCAGCGCACACAAAAGGCAGUGGUGGUGCGAUACUGCAAGCUGUUCAUGAAGCGAGGCCUGAUGACAGCAUUCAGGGGGAAGAUGUGGCACGUGAAGGACACGAACGGAGACGCCGACCUGAUGAUCGGCGGUGGUACGUUGGUUGACGCCAUCCACAUGGCGCAUAGGUUGGACCCCACGAAUCAGCACGUCGCGUGGGUGUACAAGAACGGCAUCAACGACACAUACGAGUUCCAUCGCGAUACUCCGUUGGACGUCCUGAAGUGGGUUCGCGUCCAAGCGAACAUGUACCACACGGGGUCGGAGGCCACAGUGAUCGAGCUGUACGACGAGUGCCCAAUCAUCCAGAAGCACUGGGACGCACACCGCAAGAAACACUCCAUCACGAAGUCCACGUGCCCUUCGAAGGGCCCGCACCGAUACGAGAAGCAGCACGAGGAGUUCGUGCUGGCCAAUCACAAGGAUUUCUUCGGAUCGACGCCAUGGCAGCACUUCGAGAACUGCAAAUCUUUCUACAACGCAAUGGCCAACGUUCUCGGUGUGUACGACGAGUACAAAAAUAUGAUGGAGCAGAAGUCAAACUUCUUGGGCCCCCGCAUCGACAACCAGACGAUGUGCAGGUUCAAUCACGACAUUGUGUCGCUGCUCGUGGAGAAGUUCUCGAACGCGAUGGACCCAGUCAUCUUCAAGAAGCUCGUCAUCGAGGUCCUGAAGCUCGCCGCGCCGAUCUUGCUGGACUCCGAAGACAUUGACUCGGAGACGAGCUCGAACCCAAAGCUUGAGGUGCCCUGGAUCUUCUGGGACGCUAAGUCCCGCAUCAAGUUGGACUGGAUGAUGGCGCCCAUGGGUGGGUCUGUCGUCUACGACCCCACUUGCAAAAGGAGAGGCCAGGCAUCCAGGGGAUCAAAGCGCAGUGCAUGCCAGCUUGAGGCUGUACCUGAGGACGCCGAGGUUCGCGAUGGUGGUGCUGUGAACCCUCAGCCUCUGGUAGACACGGACGGUCACGGGAAGCCGAAUGCCAAGGCCAAGGCCAAGGGCAAGGGGAGACCCAAGAAGACUAGUGGCUCCUGCAGCGCCUCAGGCAGCGAGUCGCACGAGCCCCCCCUGGAGACGAGGCGCAUUUGCGAUGGAUCGCGCGACAAGUACUUCAUCGACGAUAUGAUCGGGGUCAUUUGGGGGCCAGUGGAGAAGCUCCCGUCGAAUCUCAUCCUCGUUGACGAGCUCUCGCGUUCGAUCAAGAUUGGCCUCAUGUUCCUGUUUACAGGGGGCGUGCAGUGGAACGGCACAUACAUCGAGAAGUGGAGCGUGCUACGCAAGGAGCUCAGGGCGAACACUGCUCGCGUUCAUUCGCAUCUGUAUCAGAACCAUCUCGAUGCAUCCUUGUGGGGCGUUGCACCUGAGAAGGUCGUCACAGUUGUCUGCGACCAGCUGGCGACUGCGGAGCAGGCUGAACAUCCAGUGCCAUCUGCGUCCGCCACGUACGCAACCAAGGAGCAAGAGACACUUGCGACUCUCCAAACCGAUCGUGACACCAUGAUGCAAUUGGUCACGCUGAUCAACGACACCGACCUCACCAAGCCGUGCAGAUUCCACCCGCAACUCCAGAACAUGGUGAAGACGAUCUUCGGGUGGAACGGCGACGUGAGCGUGGGCCAGGCCCUGAGCAUGAUGAAGGACUUGAUUUUCAAUCAUAUUCGCCCUGAGUUCGUGGACUUUGGUUUUCUAUGCCGCGAAGUGGUUAGGCAGACCAGUGCGACUCCAUCCGACGUGUCCUUGGGAAUCUUCAACACUGAUAUCAAUCUCACGCGCUUCUUGGCCAUGCGAGCUACCUACAUGUUCGAGAUGCUGGGCGCCAUGGCCGACUUCGUGUUCAUGAAGGAUGUAAGCAUGGAUGUCCUGGUGGCGAACACCAGCGCCAUCACGGAGUCGGACUGCAUGUUGGACCGCAACACUUGGGCGCCGUUCUGGUCGGAACUGUUGCGUGAGUCGAGCACUACGGACUUCCAAGUUGCAAGCGUGCGGAACAAAGUCCUCGCGGCAACUCUCGCCGACGGGGCAGCCAGUGCAGUCGACAAGGGCAACUGCGCCGAGGCGCCAUCCGUCGAGGCAGCCACCAGCGCCGGGGCCGAGGCGCCUGCCGACGCCUCGGAGACGGCACCGGCACAGGAGGCUACGGUUACCAACGCCGAGACCAAGAAGGAUGGCGACGACAAGGCCGCUGAGCCGACCAAGGAGGACUGCAUUGUCAUGGCCAAGAAAGGUGGCGACGCAAGCACCGACGCCGCUAAGCAGGCCAAGCUCUCGACGUUGGCUGAGAUUCGCAACGUGUUCAAGACCAGCAUCGACGUCGGGGCCGCUCCUCUCACGAUUGAGUUGUUCACUAAAGCGUUGGAGACGUAUUUGUGGAGGACCUACGCACACAGUCCUCCCAGGAAGGGGGCGCCAGCUGAAUGGGGCACGUCAUUCAUCGAGGCUGACCCGUCAGAGUCGCCCCCGCGCCUGAUUGCGUCACGUGCGACGCCAGCGAUCCAGAUGGUAUUCCUUGGAAAAGUGACGCGCAUGCCCAGCAGAGGGAGCCUGCCCGUGUGCCAGUACGCCAACGAGCAGCUCUACAUCGACGGCCACAACUACAGCACGUUCUCGUGCGAAGCGUUCCAGCCAGCCUGGAUGGUGUCUACGACGUCCGCGAAGGCCGCCGCUGCAGCUACGAUGGUCGUUCAGACUUUUCAGGACAGCUUCACGUUCACGUACACCAACGUGAAUAAGGAGAUCACGGUGGAUGUCCCCGUGACGGUGCACUACCUCGAGAUGAACCCCUCUGUGAUCAAAAAGGCAAACGUGGAGUUGACCCGCCCUCCUAUCCCUGGCGCCGUGACAGCAAUGACAGUGACUGAGAUUGCUAAGAGGACUGCUGCAGCCAAUUGCCCCCGCAAUACGACGGGGGAGAACAGCGAGCACAAAGCUGCGAUUUCUGACCCUAAGUGGAAGCACUGCAAACACGUGUUCCGCUGAUGCAAUUGCGUGUCGGUGCGAUUUUCGAGGCGAGGAAUAUCCCGAACGAAACCCGACACAUCAACGACACCUUAAAUGCGACGACGAGCCUCGAAAAUGCAGGAACGAGCCACGGUGCGAACGCAUAGCUAGGCGGCUACUGCUGGCCGAGACAUUCGCGAACACGUAGCUAGACCACCGCAUGGGGGAAUGAGGAGGAGGAGGAGGACGAAUGUGCGCGACUGAGUGGGAGCGUCGCCGCCCCCUCAUCGGUGGGUUAGACGGCCACUGCUGGCCGAGACAUUUGCAAGCACGUAGCCGCACCACCUGAUCAGUGGGUUAGACGGCUACGACUGGCCGAUACUUUUGCGAGCACGUAGCUCGACCACCGCAUGGGGGAAUGAGGAGGAGGAGGAUGACGAAUGUGCGCGACUGAGUGGGAGCGUCGCCGCCCCCUCCCUCAUCGGUGGGUUAGACGGCCACUGCUGGCCGAGACAUUUGCAAGCACGUAGCUAGACCACCUAAUCAGUGGUGGGUUAGACGGCCACGGCUGGCCGAUAGUUUUGCGAGCACGUAGCUCGACCACCUCUGCGGUGGGUUAGACGGCCACUGCUGGCCGAGACAGUUUCUUUAGAUGUUGUUGGGUCAAUCACAACCUUGUCCGUUCAUGGGCCGAUCCAACUUCAGACAGUCGAGUUUUUUUUUUCAGACGGCGCACCGUGGCUCAGCGCACCCCUGCAACAAAGAAAACAGCUGGGAGCCCCCCGUUCCCUCGUUCCUCCUCCCUCCUCCCUCGCUCCUCCCUCCUCGCUCGACCCUCCUCCCCCUCCAUCCUCCUGCCCCCCUCUUCCCUCUCUUCGUCUUGCCACUUUGGCUCGCGCCACAGUGAGCCAAGCUCUACAACAUACUUGCUCAAGCCAUGUUGUUGCUUCACUGCAACCCCACGGUCCAGAAUUUUCGAUGGCAUCCAAGGCCGAGGCCUGAAUAAAUGUAUUCCCGC